UAACCUUUCAAUUGAAAACUACAUUUUAAAACUCAUAUUUACUUCAUUCUCUAUCUGCGUUCAGUGAUUAUUGUAUUAGCUACCGGAUUUUAAAAUCCAUGUGUUUGGUUUCAAAUGAGUGUAGCUGAAUGAUCAGCUGCAGUUCUCUUGACUUUCAUGGACUGAUACUUCAAUAUUUGUUUAUUCUUACACCUUAAAAAAUACCUUGAGGUGAAAUGUAGGUGGUCUUCAAGCACAAGGGUUAUUUCCAUAUACAGCAUCAUCAAGUUUGGAUCUUAUCUGUGAAAGAUAGGUUAGAUCAGUCUCCCUGUCUAAAUGGCUCUAACCUAGCACAUCUUCAUUCUCUUUGCGUUAUGCCCCUCACUGUGAAUGGCAGCACCAAGUCUGCAAAUAGCAUCAUACCUCAGCCAAAAACUGUUGAAUGGACAGAAGAAAUAUCUUGAACUGAAUCUGGGAUUUUAGACUGAUUUUUUUCAGCAUCUCUCUUCACAUGUGCUCUUAAAGACAUUUCAAGACAUAACAGACCUCUAUGAAAGGCACAACUGGUCUCAGUGUCUUGAGCCAAAGGAGCAUUUGUGGCUGUGUGAUGCGUAGCCACUCCUCAUACCCAUACAGCCCACCCAGCCAGAUUGUUGGAGGAGCUGGUGCAAUAACCAUAUGGCUACGAGUUCAAUAGCAGUGGCAGGUAUUUUUGUCUUAGUAUGUGGCGGCUAAUCAGUGUGGGCAAAAAAGCAGCAUGUAACAAGUGAUUCCAGAAAGGUAUUACCGUAUGGCAUUAGUCAGGGAAUUAGUCCCACUGCUGGAUUUCUAGGCAGUUGCAGUGACUGGAGUGCUUUCAUCCUUGAAAAUGCUCCAUAUCUUAAGUGAGAUUCUUGCACAAUAGCAGCCUUUAUCCAUCCUGGCAGGGACAAAGUGGCAUUUUGUGCAAGCAACACGAAGUUACUGUUAACAGCACACCAGAAACCCACUUGUUGGUCGACACAGCCAGAAUAUAUAUUCUUGUGCACCAAUACAGGCAUAGACUUGUGUGUGUGUGUGUGUGUGUGUGUGUGUGUGUGUGUGUGUGUGUGUGUAUGAGCACUCAAAGACAUCUGCGUAUACACCAAAGGAGCCUUCUGCCUCCCCCUCCCCCUCCCAAAGGUUAUUUCCCCUAAUUGUGCCCUGCAGCAGCAACAUCUGACAUAAGGGAAAGCUGGGACAAGCUCAGCCUCUGCCUGGCCUGAGCAGACAUAGUUCAGCACAGUUAACACCAGGAAGGGAAGAUCUCAGUCGCUGUAAGAAAAACUCAGAUGGUGCUACCUGCUGGAAACACUGGAAGUGGGUGAAGUUAGUGCAACGGUCUCACAGCAUCUGUCAGCAGAUGGGAGCAGGGAACUCCGCACAGAUUCCAUACUUACUCUCAGAGAAGGUCUUUUAGUAGAAAGCUUUCAGUGUAAGAAGAGUUCAAGAGGCUGUGCAGUAACUUUUCAUAGCUUAUAUAUAAAUGUUGCUUUAUUAUAACUAAUUAAUUACCAGAAAAUGAGGGGAUUUGUAUAAAUCCUGUUGCAAAAUUUAACAGUUUUUAAAGGGAUUGGGCUAAAAGGGUGAAGAAAAGACACAUUGUUCAGAGAAUUCAGAGGAAAGGAGCUUGCCCUGGAGCAGAUGAGUGCUCUGCACAUGAUGGGAGGCCGUUGUGACUGCUGAGAUUUUGAAAUGGGACAAGACUUUGUGAAUUGGUAAAAAAUGAAGGAGUGACAAGGGUAGGCUAAGAGAGAUUUUGAGAAUUCAUCAAAACUCUAUAUAAAAUACCUGACACAUGUGGAGGGAUAUUUGACCAAAGUAAAUGGAAUAUUUAUUAGUUGAAAUGACAAGUAAGAAUUUGACACAGCUGGAACUACAUUGGUGUUUCUCCUCCUGCUUUUUACUUUUGUGAAAACCAAACUACUAGGAUCAUGGUGUUGUCAUAAUAUCUCUUCUUCUUGAGAUGAGAUUUCUAUAUGCAGCCCUGUCAUGGGGUGAAUUACUGUAUCUUUGUUCUUCAUCCACCAGUGGUUCUUCAGUGAUCUUUAUCUGAGGAUACAGUGCCUGGUUAUGUCCUUUGGCGACACAGCUUGUCUUCCAAAAAUCUCAGUAGGGCACAGACCAUCAGCUGUGAGAGGUCACUGCUGGAAGGACAGAACCUAGACAGUAAAAGACACAGUUUUGCAAUAAAAUGAAAGAUCAAAACAAGGUGGGAAGAAGCCGUGAAGGACUUAAGUGAGAUGAGGCUAAUACAUUGCAAGUUCCAAACAUUUUUGGUUUGGGUGAAGCUGGUCCCCAGUCACCAGACUGACCCAAGUUGCAUUUAGAAACUGUAUUUUUUGUAAAAGGAUGCAACAUGUACCUACUCCAAGGAAAAUAAGAUGAGUUUCAUGUUAAAGAUUUAACUGGCAGCUUUUUCUCCAAUGAUUUUGUCAUAUUACACCUUAUUUGGCACAAAUACGUAGGGUAUUACUCCUAUGGAAAAAAGCAAAUGUAAAAGCCAUUAUAAAAUCAUGUCAUAUGGCUGGUGAACUUUCUCAGACAGGCUGGUGAACAGGAACAUUUUCAUGUGGCUGGAGCUGCUGGGGGCUUUCUUGCUGAGACUUUUUCUUUCCGUUUUCCCACCUUCCAUGGUAGUGCAAAAGUGGUGCAUGUGAGACCUAGAUGUAGGCUUUAUGUUAAGUUUUAGGAGGGAGGCUGAGACUUGAGUGAACAAAGAGCAGAAGUUUUCCUUCGUACCCAGUUCCGCAGCCAUAGCUGCGAAGAGUUUGUGCCAAGGGCGCUGUUCUACGGAGAUCCAUGCACCCGUGCAGGGGUAACCUCUGUUGAGCCUUCACAAGGCUCUGCAGCCUCGAAAUCAGCUGGGCACGGAGCCUCUGAAUGCCUGCAGAUAGUGCCAGCAGUGCCCCUCCCAUGCUCAGGCAUGCAGCAGAGGUGCUGGCAGAGGGACCAGGGCACAGCAGGGAAUAAGAUGCCAGGAGGGGUGGAGCUGGUAGGGCCGGGAGGUGGCAGGGGCUGGGGCUCAUAGGAGGGUAAGGGGUAUGGCACACGAUUCAGAGAGGCUUGGAUCCAUAUUUCUAAUAAUUAUUUGUUGCAUUCUGAAAUUACUUGUGGCAGGGCAGUGCCGUGGAACUGACAGUCCGACUGAUUUCAUGGCUGUGGUGGUGCUGGCUGCUCCAACACGAACAGUUAGAGCAUGGUGCAAAGGGUGAAGGGAUUUUCUCCCCAAGUUCCCCACUAAGUUGCUGAAACUUUCUCUCCUGUAAACAAAGUGGUUGCGUGAGCAUCCUCCGUUUUGUUUUUCCCUUUUGAUGCCAUUUCAUGCAAAGGAAAUGAGCUGCAAGUGUUUGGCUUGGCACUGUAACUUUGGUAAUUGUAUCCAGGGCAUAGAGUAGCAUGGGCUGGUGCUUAAUCAUUCACUCAUUAGCUCAGUGUCGGUUGAGCUUGGAAGACAAUUAGAGGGUAAGAAAUUGUGUCGGGCCGUCAGAGAAGAGCAAGUGUAAGACAGUCCAUGAAGGAUGACAUACUUUCUUUGUUUCUUGGUGCACUGACUCAUUGCCAUUUCAGCACAGCUGUUGCUGCUGCUACCAGUUUUGGAGAAAACGUUUGUAUUUGAAAUGUCCAUCUGCUUGCAGCUAUUGUUGUCUUUUAAUUGGUAUAAUCCUGUUGGAUUAGGAAAGCACAGUUGUGAGCAUCUCCUGCACUGCCACCGACUGCCAGCACCUCCUGUGCCAUGCAUCUAUUUUUGCCCAUACACUUUCUAUAUAGAUACUUUCCUUAUGUACCCAGGGCUUUCUCUGAGGGCUGACUUUCCUUAUGGGACAAUACAAAGAGAAUUUCUUCCCUCUUGGGCUAUGAUACUUGCUAGUCAGGACAAAAGGGAUAAGGGCAUGACUUGACACUGCAGUAGUUGCAUGGACAGCCAAAAGAUGAAAGCCUGACAUAAAUUUGAGAUUAAAGGAGCUUUACUUGUUUAAUCUAGAAAGUUGGUAUCUAGACUGGUAUGUAUCAAAAGUUUAUGUAUGCAUCAGGGAGGGAAACAACAAGAAGGGCAGUAGGUUAUUAAAUCAAAUGGUCAGUAUUGAAAAAAAAACAAAACAGAGAACUAGAUAUUAGAUGUCCACUAGAAACUAGAACCCAGCCCUUGAGGAUCAGACUAACACUGCCAUGGCAACAAUGGGGACAAAUUUUCUUUGCUUUUUUUUUUUUUUUUAAGACAGAAUUUGAAUAAUUUCAUGAAGAUGAUAAACUGUCACACUUUCCUGCCAUAAUCAGUGAUGGGACUAGAUGACAUAGGAAAUCUUGUUUCCUUCUUCUGUCAGUACAUGCAUGUGUUAAGUUCCUGAAGCAGUUUUGCAGUGGAGCUUAAGAUACUGCAAAUGGAAAGCACAUUUGUGUAUUUGAGCUGUACACAAACACCACUUCAAACUGUGAGCAGUACAAAUUUCACAGGAUUACAAGGGAGGAAGUUGAGCUGGUGGCUUGCUAGCUGACCACCCAAGGUAAGUAUGAUGGUUAGGCUACUGCAGUGUCAAUUUAUGCUGCGUAAUGUGUGUGUUUGUUCAGUUGGAAUCUGAAUUUAGAUACAAAUCACUCUUCCCUUUCUUUUUACUGAGAUUGCUCUUCAGCCAUAUCAUCAGACAGCCAAACCCAGCAUAGCCAGGCAGAGGUGAGCAGGAUGCCAGCAGCUCCUUUGGCCUGGCUUGUCAGUGCCAUGUGACUGGCUGCCUACUGUCCUUGCGUCAGUAUCAAAACCACAGUGCCAGCACCUUUCAAGUAGGCUAAUUUUUCCAUGGUGACUUACACAUGAUCCUAACUGUUGUCAUCUAAGUGCUUGUGAUAUUUUCUGCUAAACCACAAGAGGUUGCAGUUCUAUGAUUAGUGCAUCAUUCCUUUUGUAGAAAGCCCAGGGAUACACUUGGCAUAUUACCUAGAUAGGGACAUCCUAGAAAACCUGAAAAGAACUGUUACACAGUCACUCAGUAUUUUCCAGGACAGACAAUGUACGUAAAUUCCACCCUUAUAUUCUGUUUCUGAUCUUUCACAUUGGUUGUCUCAGGAUGAUCUCUCUUCCCUCCACAGCAGUUUCAGUGAAGGUUUUAAGAGAGUUUCCUCUUCUACAGUAGUUUCAGGAUUUUUGUCAUCUUUCUCAUUUGUAAAAAUGUUUGGCUUUUGGUCUUUCAGAGGUUAAAAGGUGGUCAAGCUGCAGUUGUAUCUGUUUUGGAAAGAAUAUGAGUGAGAAUUAGGGAUUUCCUGCUUAGGGAGAGCCAUGUGAAUACCAGUGAAUGAGCGCAGUCUAAAGCUCCUUGCACUCUACAGCCAGAUAAAUUCCUUGUGUUGUGAGCCAUGCCUUAGCAGCUAAACUAGAGAACCUAGAGCUGAACUGGGGAUUGCAUAAUGUCUUCUUCCUGUGUUUUUGGUGGCAGGAUUUGUUUGACAACGUGCUGGGAAGCUGUUAUAUAUCUUCACCAAGCCAAGUAAUUUCUGUAUGACGUGAAAACCUCAUUGAUCAUGCUUCAAUAUCAUCAUUAGUUGUUUGCAGUGCACAAAUUGGUGUAUUCAAGGGAAGUUUUGCAAUCAGUGACUGUUAAGAUCUUACCCUUCAUGAUCUCAUGCAUUCCUUCUGAAAAAUGCAGUCCAGUGUCACAUUCAGUAUAGCUGCUGAGCAUUUGGACAAAAUACCUUCUUCUUACCCCUUUUCUUACUGCUUUUUCUUUCAAACAGAAGGUAGAAAAUUGUGCUCCUCAAGUUCCUUCUAUUUAUCUGAAUUAUUCUUUCUAGAUCAUGUUAGUCCAGCCCGUAGUCACCUACAUGUUUUCACUUUAAAAUAUUUUAAAAAAAGACCUUUUAUUGUGUUGGAACAAGUUUUUCUAAGUACUGAGAAAAUUAUUUAGUAGUGGGCAGCUCCUUCCGUCUGCUCUUACUGAAAUACUCCUUAUGUUAUUGCUCCUUGGAGCACCUAGUACUAGCUGAUGGUCUCAUCACUACACAUUCUUGUUUUCCCACUACACAUUUCUUGUCUUCAAAUGGUGGCAUUUUUAUGUAAGGAAGAUGGACAUUGAGUAAUAGUAGCAAGUGUUGUAUCCACAGAGGUUUACCAGAAAACAAUGGAGAUGGGUUAUGUAGGAAGAAACAAUUUAUUUUAUUAGACUGACUGAAAAAAAAAUGGAAAAAAAAGGAAAAAAACCCAGUGUUUUGGGCUCAGCAUCCAAUCAUUAGCAUACCUGCAUAAUAAUUUGAUUUUCUUCCACAAAGCAACAGGAUAUUUUCUAGUUUUGCAUUCUCCAUGCUUCACAUAUAGGCUCUGGACAAAACUUUGCUGCUUCUUUUCAAGCUUCUCUAUUUGUUUAUGAAAAUUUGCUUAGCCUUUGAGAUAUACGAUUGGAAAAGACAGGCUUUUCAUAUUGCUGAUACUGCAUGUUUUUGGUGUAUUGUGACAUCUUGCAUAUAUAGUCUGAUGAUAAAGAUAGCUUUGAAUAUGCUCUUUUGUGUCAUAUAUAAAAAUGGGGAUUAUGAAAUGUUGUGCAACAGAAGAGGUAAGAUGAGCAAAAUGAUAAAUUUAAUUCUGGGGAUAUAGAGACUAGCUGCUUUAAAAUUUCUAUCUUACUCCAUUCCAACCUGGAGGCAGGAAUGAAAAAUGAGGGGUUUAUACCUGUAGGAGAAUUCUUGCUCUGGGAACUGAAGAGCAGCAGUAUAGUAGUACUGCAUACUAGAAAUACUUGUCACUCUUUCCUGAGCUCACCAGGCUGAAUUCUUGGGCUUUCUUGUUCAAUUCUGCAGUUUGUGUUUUUCUGAUAAAGUGCUCACAGCAUUCAGUAAUUACAGAUGGAUAUUUGUCAGGAUUAGACUGCGGAGUACUUUGGUCCAAAUUUCACAUCAUCAAACCAUGUAUUUUGCAAUUGUCAUACCUUGUGAUUAUUUAAAGUCUUUGAGUGUUCGUGGCCAAGACUGAGAGAGCCUCUGGCUCUUAUGUGGCAGUGUCCUUUGCCAGCCAGGCUAUGUUCUGUAGGACAGGUAUGAAUUUUUCCCUUCCUUUUAUAAGGGAAUAAGAGAGCACAGUGGUGCCUUAUUUCUCCCUUCUGUGUUUGUACAUGCAUAUAGCAUGGACAAAAACAAAGGCAUUCCAGGAAAUUUGAAGUUCCCGUGUGUAAAGUGUCAGGCAUGCUGAGCAGAGGAAGGGAAGUGGAGGUCUUCCUCACACUCCUGGCACUGUAUCUAGAAUAUGCUCUACUGCAUAAGCUGCUGCAUUUCAGUGCGGCACUGAGAGACCAGGAAAAUGCAAUGAACCAUUUUAAUGGGCAGUAAAAUGGAAAAAGAAAUUUGAAAAUCUUGGGUGUCUUUUCUUCUUGGGUUCUUUGGAUACCAAAAGAAAAAGAUACCAUAUGUAUACUUACCUCAUUCACUGAUGUUAUGUGAGAGAUUAGUCCUGAAGUCUUCAAAGAAGGAGACAAAUUAGCAGGUGUCCUUAUAAGUAUACUCUUUGCAUACAACUCCUGAUGUGCUAUAGACACCUUUCUGAUAAAAGACACUGAGAUUAAGUUAUUUUGUCCAAGAUGUCAGAGCCUGGGAUUGAAUUUGAUCUCAUAAAUUCCAAUCUAAUAGUUUAGAGACAUGCAUUUUUCACAGCAGGAGAUUUUAUCUCUUUGAUGCAGUGUCUCAUCUUCCUUACUCAGGGACAACUGGAAGACAAACAACUUUUCUGGCUUCAUCAGCUUGAAUAAAUUCUUAACCUUAUCCUAAGGCUUUGUAUUUAUUGGGAAAUAAAAGAAGGAGGAGUAGAAGGGCAGCACUAGUAAAUCCUGUGCUGUCAGAAUCUCACAGGAAGUUGAAUGACCCUAGCUUGAGAAACAAAAACCACUUAAUGUGGGCGUGAUACCUAUUGGUACGUGCUUUGCAUUCUCCUCCAAGGACCGAUUGCAUUUUGCAUUGCUGCUGCUGUAAAUCCUGCCUACCUUUUCCAAGAAGAUUUCAACACUAACUCUUCUGACAGCUAGCCGCUGGAAAGAAACACUGUGUUUGUAUUUUGACUUCCGAGCCCUGGGAAGCUCUCCCCUGGUGUUAAUGAUUUUUGGCAAAAGGGAAGAAUGAUGGGCUUUCAGACACAGUGGGCAUUCAUUAGCAUGUACUCUCUGUCAAUAGACCCGGCUUGGAUGGCACAGUCAUAUCUCUGUGACUUCCCUUUUAGUGUGUUUGUUCACUCUUUCUCCCUGAAGACAAGUCAGCUAUUGCAUUGACUUUCUGAUCUUCAUAUGUGAAUGUUUAUAUUAGCAUCAGCGGCUCUGUGAUCUCAUUUAAAAUUGGCUGUGGGCUGAAGCGUCCUAGUUUCUUUUCUAAUUAAAAAGAAAAGGGGGAAAGCAUAGAAUGAAAAGGGCGAAAGAUGGCUUACUUUUGCAGAGAAUAAGCAAAUUAUAUUUGCAUGGGUGUAAGGUCAUGAAAGUUCAGAUUAUGCAUUUUUAAUUGUUCACUUGUGUGAAUUCUUUCUUCUUAAUGCAAAAGAUGUAAAAGCAGCUUCAGUGUGUUUUUCACAGUUAAUUAACUGUUCUAAAUAUGGCUGAUAUAUCACAAUAUUUUCAGCUAGCAAAUUUCUGAGCUGUUCAGGAGCAUUCAGUUCUUCCACUACAAAAAUCAAAGAUCCGAGGUCUUCUUUUUAGGAAGCUUGUUUCAUAUUCUAUGUUAAGACAAAACAUUUUGUCAUUAGUAUUUUCUUGAGGAUCUCCUGGGUUUCAGGUAUUUUUGCGGACUUGGUUCGCUGUCAAGUCUGCAGGAUUGUUUCUUGGUACUUAGGUUGAUCCAUUCUGUAUGUAUAUUUUCAUCUAACUUUAGAGUUGAAAUACUGUGGUAUUUAGAGUUAAAUACUGUGCAACAGUAGAGUUAAAUACUGUGGUAUAGACUUUGUAUAGGUAAUGAGCAAGGCACACAGCCUUUGACAAGAGAAACGAAAAAAAGGAAGUCAUUAAGAAAGUACAAGAUUAAGAUGCAUGCGGGUGGGCUCAUUUCUUUGCCACAUCAUUUGUUUGCAAAUCUGGCCAUGGGAGGUUUCAAAGGAUGUGUAGAAUGACCAUUUCUCACCAAAAUCCACAACCCUGCCCUUGGCCAUACUGAAGUAACUUAAUGUUACUUUAGCAGAAAGGCAGCACUUCCUCUAACUUGUGUUUUAACCUAAGUUCUCCUGUAAUCCGUGUCCAGACCUCAGGUGUGUUUGUUUUUUGCCAAGUACGUGGUGAAAUCAGUGCUUUAGUAGUGUCUAGGUGGCUGUCUGUCCCUCCUCUGUCAAGAAAGACAAAAUAUUUAUGAAGAGGUACAUUUUCUCAGCGAAUUUUCUCAACAAAACAGUUGUGCAGUUGUGUGUGAGAGUGCUUCUGCUGGUUUUUGUGCUCCAGUUGGACUCACAGAACUCUGCUAUGACUGCUUUCUAUACAUGAGCUGAGGGGAAGCAGUGCUGUGCUCAGCCUCAGUUCUCGGGUAGGAGUAGCUAUAGGGACAAUUCUUGUACAGUUCUUCCUGCAUCCCUGUAAUUUAUUUGGGUGUCACUGCUGCAGUACAAGUACUGGAGAUAAAAUAUUGAGGUUCGCUGAGCCAGAUUUGAGUCAAUAUAAAUCUAAAAUGACUUCUUCCUCUGUCAAAGCUAAAGAAAGAAACCUGUUUGAUCUGUUUGUGUGGACUUGCAUCUGUGAUGGCUUAUGCUUACAAAAAACUGCCUUAAAAGCAAGUGUGGCGCUGGUGUAUAGAGAGCAUCCCACUGUAGCAUUGACAGGUGCCUUUUUGAUUCAUCACUGAAAUAACAUAAAAGUAGAAAAUAACUGAGCUUUCCUCUUCUGACAGUUUAAUUUAUUUGAGAAUCGGCCUUGUUCUCUACCUGCAAAAAUUAUAAUCCAAUGUAUCAUCUUAAUUAUACAUUAAGAAAAAUGUAACCAUAAGCAAGGCUGAAUUAUAUCUUGUUUGCAGUGUUGCACAGACCUCACAUUGGGGUAUUUUGGAAGAAACUUUCAGUCUCAUUUAGGGUGGUAAUUUUUUUUACUGUGGUGAUUGUAACAUGAGAGUGAUCCUAGCAGCUUCUGUAUGAAUUUAUUAUGGUGCUGACUGCAAAGUAGAGAUCAGGAUGCCAGAGACAGGGGCAGGAGGGAAUCCCUCCUUACAAGAGGAAGAGGGAAUUCCCUUCAGUCAGGCUAAAAGGUAAUAGCAAAAAUAAAGAAGCAAAGCUGCAGAUUAUCCCUGAUAGCUGCUUCUGGACUUGUGAAGUAGAGUCCAAUGAAAGUAGAGUCUGCAAUGGAAAUACAAGCAAAUUAAAGAUUUGCUGGAGAAGGAGCAACCCUGACUUGACAUGCUGUCCACCAUCCUCUCCUUCAAGAGGAGGAGUGGGAGGUUCAAAGGUUAUCAUCCUAUUUAUGCUAAUUGAGUUUGAGCUAAGCUCUUCCCAAGGAAAAAAGCCUCUUAUUGAAUUAGUUAUUCAGUUCCUCAGGGUGCAAGUGGAAUGGCUGUAACACUGUCUUAGAGUCUGCUGGAGUGGCCCUUGAAGAGUUCAUCUGAAAGAUUUCUCUUUAUUUAAGCAUCCCUCAGAUGCAGAGCAGCACGAAGACCUGAGAGACUUGUGUGCCUUUUGCUAUUUGUCUGUCUUCAAAAGGGGCCAAACAUGUUCAGGUACACAGCACCCUGGCAGGUCCUCUGCUUGUCCAUGGAGCAGGGUUUGAGGAAAUCUUCUAGAAUCCCUGAGGAUGACAUCAGGUUAAGAAAAAACAGAGACCAAAACUGUGCCAAUUUCUUGGAGCCGUCUACUGUUCUUGCUACACAGGAGGAGAAAAUGGAAAUUGAAGUUCCAGUUUCUGAACAUAAAAGCAUCACCACAGUGGCUUCACCACAUCCCAUAGAUAAUCCAGCUCACUUCUUUUCGCCUGCUUCCAGCCCAAAUGGACUUAGGGACAGGCAUGAAUCUCUGGACAGUGAAGUUGCUAAAGAGAUCAGAUACCUAGAUGAAGUACUGGAGGCAAAUUGUUGCGAUUCUGCUGCAGACAGUACAUUUAAUGGGACAUCCUCCCCUGAACCAAGUGCUGUUUCCGUUAUGGAGGGUUCAGGAGCAUCUGCUAAUGUCAAUAAAGAGUCAGUAGCUAGUGAAAGGGAAGAAAAUGUAGUAGGCAAGCAGGUAUCCUUGGAGGUUGAGCCAUGUGAAGCUAAUAUAACAGAUGAGAACCUGAAAUCUAAUGGCCAUUCCUUGGGUGGUCUGAAAGAAGACACUAGGGAUAGUCUGAAGGUGCCAGGAAGUCCCACUUCUUCAAACAGUUCUAGAAGAUCCUCUAAGGAUGGAGAAACAACUCUUACAACCCUUAAGAAAGAGGCAAAGUUUGAACUGCGAGCUUUCCAUGAAGAUAAAAAACCUUCAAAGCUCUUUGAAGAUGAGGAAGAGAAGGAAAAAUACAGAGUCCGCAAAGUGAGACCGUCAGAAGAAAUGAUGGAACUUGAAAAAGAAAGAAGGGAACUCAUUAAAAGCCAGGCUGUGAAGAAAAACCCCAACAUUGCUGCCAAAUGGUGGAACCCUCCUCAGGAGAAGCCCCUGGAGGAUCAACUAGAUGAAGAGCAUCUGGAGUCUCACAAGAAGUACAAGGAGCGCAAGGAGAGGCAGCAGCAGCAGCAAGGUGCAACACCAACAUCCCCUAAACAGGUCAGCUGCUCCUUUGUAUCCCCAGAGCCAGUCAAUAUCAAGAAAGAAGAUAUUGUCACAGAGCAAAUUGACUUCUCGGCUGCCAGGAAGCAGUUCCAGCUGAUGGAGCAUUCAGGUCCAUCUCAGGGUCAGGCCCCACCAAGGCGAUCAGUAACACCCAAAAUGUUCUCCGUCAAACCCUUCUACAAAAGCCUCAAUUCUCCAUAUGUGGACAGGCCGAUGUCGUCUGUGACAAGACCCAUUUCAGUCUGCGGGCCAGCUGGACAGCUUGAGGGUAACAACGCCACAGUCGUCAAAGCGCAGAAAAUCUCCUGUAGCUCAGAAGAUGACAAAAGCACUCAGACUACCACAGCUGACACAGCAAGAGACUUACCUUGCAGUGAUAGCCCCAGAGCUGGACCAGCCUCAAAACUGUGGGCAGAGGAUGGAGAAUUCAUGAGUGCAAGGGCGGUCUUCACAAUGGUGAAGGAUGAUGGACAGGGAAUUAUAGAUCACUUCCCAAAGUCAGGCAGCGCCUCUUCGCCUCCAGAGGAGCUUGACUCUGGUUUGGAUGACUUGUCUGUCAGGUCUCAGGAUACCACUGUCUUGGAGACCCUUUCCAAUGACUUCAGCAUGGAUAAUGUGAGUGACAGCGGUGCCUCCAAUGAGACUAUGAGUGCCCUGCAGGAAAGUUCUCUAGCAGAUUUCUCUCUGCCGCAGACCCCACAGGCCGAAACUCCAGCAGAGUGCAGGGCUGAAGGCAUCUCCAAGUCUUUCAGUGACCCAGGCUGUGAUUCGCCCUCCUCUGCCUUGGCAGACUCCAUGCUGAUGGACGACCAGCUGGACUACCACGCUGGCCUGCUGGUGCAAAAUGCCAUCCAACAAGCCAUAGCUGAGCAGGUGGAUAAAGGAAACCCGAAGGAAGUAGAAAUCCCAGCAGAGAAGGAGGUCUCAGCCAAAGAGCAGCCAGCUGGCACUGGGCCAGCUCCAGCCUCCAAGGAGCAUCAGAACCCAAUGUUUGAGCCACCCCAGGUGUCUUCACCAGUUCAAGAGAAAAGGGACACCAUACCAAAGACUUCAAAAGAGGAAGACUCAGGACUCAGGGAAGGGAAGAGUUUGCAGCAGUCGCCCAUGUACUCAGCCAGCCAGCCAUUCCUUGUGGAAGAAAACAGGCAUGAAGUCAGCUAUUUCAGCAAGUAUUCAGAGGCAGCAGAGCUUCGGAGCACUGCCUCCAUCCUGGCCACACAGGAGCCUGAAGUGACUGUGGGCCCUUUCAAGUUACGGUCGAGGAAACAGAGGACUUUGUCAAUGAUCGAAGAAGAGAUCAGAGCUGCCCAGGAACGAGAAGAGGAGCUGAAGAGGCAGCGGCAGGGUUUGCAAAUGGCACCAAGCCCUGUUACAAAGAGUGCACCACCCAUGACCACCAGAACCGUGUCUUACAAAACUGCACCAGGGAAGAUAGAGAAGAUCAAGCCUCCUCCGUCCCCCACCACAGAAGGCCCUGCGUCACAGAUGGACCCUCCACCCGAGGAGUCUGCAGGAGCCCAGCGACCCAAGAACCUGAUGCAGACCCUCAUGGAGGAUUAUGAAACACACAAAACCAAGAGACGAGAAAGGAUGGACGACAGUGCAUACACCUGUAAAUUACUGUCUAGCAAGGUUACUUCUGAGGUCCUCGAGGCGACCAGAGUGAACCGCCGGAAGAGUGCUCUGGCGUUGCGCUGGGAAGCUGGCAUUUAUGCCAACCGAGAGGAGGACGAAUAACCACGCUG